GGAUAUACGUCAUCCUGAAUAGGCUCCAUUCGGGCUGAGGGCAAAAGAAAGAUGGCGGCCUCCAUCGCGCAGCAGUUGGAGGAGUUAUUAAACCCUUUGCCGACUUUUAAAGAUCCGGAGGACGAAGAGGAUGAAGCAACCAUCGCCAAAGUCAUUGACAGGUUCAAUGAGGGAGAUGAUAACCUCUCAUUUGACAGUCAGCUGCGGAAACAAGCAUCAGCUCUGCUAUGUGAAAUAGACAGGAGGUAUGUUGGGAAGGCCACCACUCGAAAGGCAUUGCAAGAAGAAGCUGGGGAGGAUUCAUUCUCUGACGCAUCAGAUGAAGAGGAAGAAAUGACCGACAAUGCAGAAAGCACAGAAGAUGAAGAUACUGAGGAAGCAGACAACGUGGAACCUUUAUGUAAAGCAGUGAAAGAAAGCAAAUUUGACUUUGAAAAAAUCAAAGACUUCGAGGAAUUCACAGAAGGCAUGGAUGAUUUAGGAGAAAGUGACAGUAGUGAGGAGGAAGACGAUGAGAAUGAAGAUGAAGGUGACGACGGAAAUGAUGAUGAUAUGGAAAAGGGCAACACCUCGGUAAUGACCUUCUCCAAAGCAAAAGUAGCUGAAGAGGUGGAGAAGGGAAAGGCAGUCAAAAACCAAAUAGCUUUAUGGGAUCAACUACUUGAAGGAAGAAUCCUACUGCAGAAAGCUCUUGUGACUGCCAAUACUCUUCCACAGCCAGAUUCUAUGCCUUCUUUCAAAAAGGAAGGUGGACUGGAAUUUGCAGCUGCUUUAAAGGACAGCUGUAAAGCAUUAAAGGCACUCCUGAGGUCACUAGUUGAGCUACAGGAUGAACUGCUUUUCCAGCAUCCAGACACACAACACUUUGUCAGUGGCAGGAAGCCAGAGCCAGAUAGUGAUGAGAUUCCCAGCGAUGAUGAAACAGAAGGAAUGCAGGAGAGAAAACAACCACUGAAAAGGAAGCUGGAAGUGAAUGAGUACCCAGACUUCAUGGCCAAGCGGUUUGCAGCCUUCAAAACCUAUCGGAACAGCACGUUACAGAAAUGGCACGAAAAGACAAAGUUAGCCUCGGGAAAAAUGGGCAAGGGUUUCAGUGCUUUUGAGCGUCCAGUUGUAACUCAGAUUGAACAGAUUAUGAUGGAUAAAGAGAGGUUAUUGCGACGGACACAGACCAAACGAUCCUUGUAUAGUAUCCUUGGAAAGGUGGACAAAGAUUCUCAGCAAAUUCCUGAGUUUGUUCCUGGAGAAGUGGAGAUUGUGCCACAAGGAAAGUCAAAUUCACAUCUGAAAGACAUAGAUGAAGAGAUUUUUGAUGAUGAUGACUUCUACCAUCAGCUCCUCAGGGAACUAAUUGAACGGAAGACUAAUGCAGUUGACCCAAAUGAUCAGAUUGCAAUGGGUCGACAAUGGCUCGCUAUUCAGAAACUCCGAAGUAAGAUUAAGAGGAAAGUGGAUACCAGAGCAAGUAAAGGCAGAAAAAUAAGAUUCCACGUUCAUAACAAAUUAGUGAGUUUCAUGGCACCUAUUGACCAGAGCACAAUGAACGAUGAUGCAAGGACUGAACUAUUCCGAUCUAUGUUUGGAAAUGUUAAGCAAGUUGAGAAAGAGCCAUGAUCAACGCAACUGAAUUCUCCGAUGCUCAUUUUCAUUGUGCACUCCUGAUUAUUGUGGAUUGUCUACAAAAACAGUAUUGCACAAGCCGUCCCAGCAUGUUCAAAUUGUGCCAUGGCUUGUAAAGACGUUUGUAAAUGACUUUAUAUAAGCUUUAUAAUUAAGCCAUGCAUUUCCACCCUUCCAGUUCCCAAACGGUAUGGAUUUUGACCACUUAAAAACAUUGUUCAUCCUUUUUUCUUUUUCUUAAGAAAUCAUUUUUCACACACUUAGAUUAUCUGUGUCUGUCUUUACCCCAAAUGGAAGUCAGACUUGAUAUAAAUGUAUAUAUUCAUUUUUUAUUUAAAAAAAUAAAAAACUUAGUUGUCGAAGUGUUUUUGCAUAUAAGAUCUUUACAAUCUAAUGUGAAAUAUUAAUUUUUUAAUGAUGCUUUAAAAUAAUAGAACUUGAUGGUGAGCAAUGGUCGUUUCUUUCUUAUUUUCCAAGUUCAGUCUCUUCAGAGAAGAACUGAAUUGUGUUCUGUCAAGGAAGAAUGAUCGGCAUAAAUUAAACUUCUGCAUCACAAUUUACUGAAUGAAGUUUCAUGAUAUUGGUAUUAUAUAGCAUGUGUCUAUAAAGAAGGCUUACUUUAGAUUACCUUACAGGUUAGAGGGUACUAAUUACUUUUCCAGUAUAUUGAAAAGUUUACAUUGAAAAUAAAAACAUGCCCGAUGUUGGUGCAGGAACAAAACUGCCAUGCAGUUUCUUACUCUCCACACUCCUGCAAUGCAGAAGAGAAAAUUUAGCACAGGAAAGUGACCAGAGGAGUGCAGGGUUCUCAGAUUAUUAACUGUAAUGUUAACUGUAUAUAUAAAAUGGCUUCUCUGUAGCGUUAUAAUGAAGUAGCUUCUUUGUAUGUGUCUGAGGAGGUAAUGCUCUGUUUAGUUGGAAUGUUUGGGUUAUAAUUAUUGAUAAUGGAGGAACUAACCAAUGGUAGCGAUGUUGUUCUGUCUGUAUGUGUUGGAACCUGGAGUGAGUGGCGGGUUUUUCAGGAGGAGAACUGAAGAGGAAGGACGUGCUGGAUGCACUCUGGUCGACCACCGAGGUUGGUCCCAGGCAGCGGGUCGAGGAGGUCGGAGAAGAUCGAAUGCGGACAGAAGGCUUCGAUAAUUGAGCUCCAACUGUUGUGCAUGAACUGAUUGAAUUCCAAUAAGUUUGGCGCCCUUUUCUUUCUUUUUAUAUCAUAUCACUAUUAAUUACAUAGUUCCAAUAAGAUUUAUACAGUGUAAUCUGUAAAACAUACAUUGUAUGCUGUCUGAUAUUGUAUGUGUGUUUGUACCAGUGUGCAUUAUACAGCAUCUGCGCAAACGGGAGACACGGUUUGGCAGAUGGAUGGAUUUUCCCCUAGACAUACACAAGCUGAUAGCCCUAAGCAUUACAGGAGGAUUGGCGGAACAAGAUAUCAAGGAGAGAGCAAAAGAGAAAGACAGUGCUUUCUCAGAAGCUUGUAAUGGUGUAACACCAUUAAGCAUUACACUUUACAGGGCCAGCAAACCGGGUUCAAUUCUCACCAGUCUGUAAGGAGUUAGUACAUUCUCCCCAUAACCAUGUGAGUUUCCUUCCACAUUCCAAAGACAUUUUUCUCCAGUGCCAACAAUAUGUGUUGCUAGAGUUCUUUAGUAAUUAUGUUUUGGGACCAGUAACCAGAAGUUUGGACUGAUAAUCCAGAACUAUGUGCUCAAUUCCCAUCGAAGCUGCUGGGAAAUUUAAAUAUAGUUCAUUAAAUAAAGGUGGAUCCUUUUUUAAAAAGAGCAAGUGAUGGAAUGAUAACAGUGAAACUGCUAUACUGCAGUAAAAUACAUAUGGCUUGUUAUUACCCUUUAGGGUAGGAAAUCUAUUGUCCUUGCCCUUUCUAAAUAUAAUGCAGCUCCAGACCUGUGGCAGGGACUUAAUUGCCCUCUGAAAUAAUCCAACAGUCUGUUAAAUUCAUGAGCAAUCAGGGAUCAGCUAUAAAUCCUGCCCUUGUCAGGGACACACAUGUAAUUAGGGAAUUAAAUUAAUCUGGUAAAUUUCUGUCCAAUACUUGCAUCUGUGCAGAAACACCCACGUCAGACACUACUAUAGUUUCUGGGUACAAAACCCUGAUUCAAUGCUCUUCAUAUUGGUUUUCACUGAGUAGUAGAGGAAUUGAACUUUUCACAUCUCCUUUUGAC